AGAAUCAGCAGUUUCCUACUGAAUCUCUAAACCACACAAUUUUAUCUUGCCCGUGAAGUGAUUAUUCAGGCAAGCUUUUACGCCGGCAUGUUCGAGCUGGUACGCGUAGACACAGGAUCCAUUAAAGAGACAUUUCAGAAUAUUGAAACGAGCCACUAGAUGCUUCGUCAUAAGUAGGCUACAGUGCGCGACAUUUCCAAAACUAUUUUCUGCGAGUAUUAGGGGAAUUGGAAUUCAGUAAAAAAAAAUAACUGUGAACUUCGUAAAAAAUGUUCGAAAAUCGUGAAUCUGUGUAAUUCUAUCAUAUUAAGUAUUAAAUGAACUAUAAACUUGUAAUUCAACGAAGGUUAAUCACUUGACUAAAUUUUUCUGACUUUUCAAAUUCAAAUAAUUUGUUUUCUUCCGCGCACGUAAGCUUCGCGACCUGUGUACGUUUGAAAAUGCGUCAUGAAGUAAGCUUUCAAACCAUCAAAGUAUAUUGGAAUUAUCAUAUCUUUCUAAGAUGACGAUUAACAUCUACGUAAAAAAUAAACCUAUCAAUACGUUCUCCUGACAGUGAUUUAUGUAAUAGGAAACGACGUAGAUAAAAAAAGGAAACCGAAAAUCAGCGUCCCGUUAUCUAACGACUACCACACCAACUGGGCUUCACAUUAUUAUUCGACUGUUAGCGGCUGAUCAAAUAAAUUUGACAAUUUAUAUUCAUAUAGCAUUUUAUCGAGGGGCCAAUUAUGGUUUAAUAAUGUCACGCGCAACAAAUAUUUUUCUAGAACCGAGUGUGAGUAAGUCCUAUGCGUUGUCGUGUAUUAUAUAGAAAUACAAUGGCGCCAAGAAAUCCAGUCAGAAUAUUCAUCCACGCUCUGUUACUCUUUCCAUAUUUUACGUGGAUAAAUGCCGAAGGAAUAUAUUGUUUCAAAUGUACAAUUACACCACCGGGAAGCAGAAGUGAGGAACCGAAUCAGCUUUGUUCUCAGUUUGACGAGAGUUCAAGAUUCAGGAUUUACUGUCCGAAAUCAACUCUCUGUGCCAAGAGGGCCUUUUAUUUGACAUUGAACAAUGGAACUACAAUAACGACUGUCGAACGUGGCUGUGCAAUGCAGAGGGAGCACUUUCAAGUUUACGACACCGAUAAGCAACAGUGGCAAACUAAGGAGAAAAUUGUAACAACUCCAUACGAUGAGCGCUGCUUUUUUGAUAAGGCAGGGGAAACACGCUACGCACCAGCAGAAUAUUGUUUCUGCAGUUAUCAUUUCUGUAAUGGAUCACAGUCAAUGAAGAGAUUGCAGACAUUUAGUUCCGUUCAAUUAUUACUUUUAGUGACAAUAUGUUUUAUGCAAUUCUAAUUGUAAAUUACUUAAGACAAGAUUCAUUGUUGAGCUUGUCAAUUUUCGAGAUUCUAGAAUUUAUCUUUAAGAAGUCAUACAUGAUUAAUGUGAACAAAGUUGUCUAGCUGAUAAUAUUCAAUGGUAGGUAACUAAAGACACGAAAAUUUUUGAGAAUGGAGGUACUUUCAUACGCUUGCACGCCCGGACCUAGGUGUUUAAACGUAUUUUAAAGUUGAGACAAAUUACUUAUAUUAACGUGUAAGUAAUCAAGUGAGCUGUGACUUAUUAUUGUUAUGACUUAUAUAAUUAUCAUUAUAAUGUGUAAGCUAUAUGAGAAAUAGUGGUAUGAAAGAAAUUGUAAUUCAGGACUGAAUACUCGAUAGGAGAUGCAUUGUCAUAGGGAUGAUGUGUAGGCGUAACGUGUACUAGAAAAAAUUCCAACAGUACUAUUGAGCACUGUUCAAGUGAUUUCUAAAUUUAUGGAUAUUACUGGGAAAACUAUUGCAAAUGGAGAAGAAAGUAUUAUGAGUGAUUAAUGAUUUUUGUAUGGAUAGGGAUGACGGAUUUUUAGAUAUUAAAUGCAUGUAUUUAAUAUAUUAUUAAAUUUGAUAAAGUAUUUACCUCA